AGAUGACGUUGAAAGCUAACCGUUUACUGUAGCUAACGCGGGGGGGUUAGCCGCUCCGGUCCGGUUACCUGUGCACCGUAGACCGGGCACAGAGCUGUGUGCGGCGGCCACUGGACUCAGACUGGGUCGCUGACAGCUGCUGCUCUGCAUGCUAGCUGUACGGAGCUAUAGGACACAUCAGGGAGUGUGUGUGUGUUUGUGGUUAGUUAAAGCUCCAGACAUGCCAGCAUCAUUGGUCCUCCGGAGGAGACACGUAGACCAGGUGACACCGACAGAUGAGCCUGGAACACCGGGCCACGACAUCUACCGGAAAAUACUCCUGCAGCACCAAGCCCUUUAGAUAUAGAAUACAUACAUCUGUCAAAGAGAUCGUCAUGGCCUUGAAAAGGAGACGGGCGACAUCUCCUUCAAGCAGUGUGAGUGGAGGAGAUUUUGACGAUAGCCAGACUUCAUCGUUAGUGUCUUCAAUUGGGAGAAAGAGGAGAAGGACCUCAAACAUUCCAACUGUGGAUCCUAUUGCUGUGUGCCAUGAACUGUACAACACUAUCAGAGAUUACAAAGAUGACCAGGGCAGGAUGUUAUGUGAGCUGUUCAUCAGGGCCCCCAAAAGAAGGAAUCAACCAGACUAUUACCAUGUGGUGUCUCAGCCUAUUGACAUGAUGAAAAUCCAGCAAAAAUUAAAAAUGGAAGAAUAUGAUGAUGUUGAGCAACUCACCAGUGACUUUCAACUUCUAUUCAACAACGCUAAAACAUAUUAUAAGUCUGACAGUCCUGAGUACAGAGCAGCGUGUAAACUAUGGGACCUUUACCUGCGAACCAAGAAUGAAUUUGUUCAGCGAGGGGAGUAUGAUGAGGAUGAUGAAGAUGGGUACGAUGCACAAGACAAUCCUGGAGGAUCCACUGAAGAUGAGAAUGCACCGUCCUGCUUGAAGGAUGUACUUGAACAGCUCCUGGAUGCUGUCGUGGCUUACACUGAACCUACAGGCCGUCUCGUCAGCGAGCUCUUUCAGAAGCUUCCCUCCAAAGUGCAAUACCCAGAUUAUUAUGCCAUCAUUAAGGAGCCAAUAGACUUGAAAAUCAUCGCUCAAAAGAUUCAGAUGGGCCAUUACAGGAGUGUUGGUGCUAUGGCUAAAGACAUAGAUUUGCUGGUUAAGAAUGCAAAAACGUACAAUGAGCCAGGAUCACAGGUGUUCAAGGAUUCAAACACCAUCAAAAAGAUUUUUGCACAAAAGAAGUCAGAGAUGGAACAUGGAGAACCAAUCAAGUCCAGCAUUCGUAUCAGGAAUAGAAGGUCUGCUCAGGGAGACCGGCUCUCAGCUAUCACCAUGGCUCUUCAGUAUGAAAGUGAUGAAGAGGGCAUACUCUCUGGGUCUGUCCACUAUGAUGAGGGUGAAUCUGAGGCAGAGAGCAUGACCUCUAACAUGGACAUGAGUAACCCCAUCUUCCAGCUAUACGAAGCUGUACGCGGUGCCAGGAACAGCCAGGGCCAGCUAAUCUCAGAGCCUUUCCUGCAGCUGCCGUCCAGGAAAGACUACCCGGAUUACUACCAUCAGAUCAGUCAACCAAUCUGCCUCCUUCAGAUCAAGAACAAGAUGAAGAACAAUGAGUAUGAGAGUGUUGAGCAUAUUGACUCUGACCUGACCCUGAUGUUUGAGAAUGCCAAACGCUACAACGUUCCUCAUUCCUCCAUCUAUAAGCGUGCGCUCAAGCUCCAACAAAUCCAACUGAUGAAAAGAAAGGAGCUUUUACAGAGAGAUGAUGAUGAUGGAGACAGCAUGCUCUCCUCUGCCACAUCUGACACCAGUAGCACAAAAAGGAAAAGCCACAAGAAGAACACAAAGAAAAACAGAAUGAAAGCUCUCUUAGCAGCUGUGACUGAGGCACGAGAGGCUGGAACUGGACGGCGACUGUGUGAUCUCUUUAUGGUCAAGCCCUCAAAGAAGGACUACCCUGACUACUACAAAGUCAUCCUGGAGCCAAUGGACCUGAGGACAAUUGAACACAACAUCCGCUCAGACAAGUACAGUACAGAAGAUGCAAUGGUGGAAGAUAUGAGGCUGAUGUUUCGCAAUGCCCGACACUACAAUGAGGAAGGCUCCCGGGUCUACAAUGAUGCUGACGUCUUAGAGAAGAUUAUGAAAGACAGACGCAGAGAUCUUGGGCCAGCAACUGAUGAUGAUGAUGUGAUGUCCCCAAAGCUGAAAAUAAGAAAAAACAGCAUCACCCUGAAGAAAUCCAAGUAUUUAACCCCUCUGCAGCAGAAGCUGAAUGAGCUUUAUGAGGCUGUAAAGAACUACACAGAUAAGAGGGGCCGUCGCCUCAGCACAAUCUUCCUCCGGCUGCCAUCUCGUGCUGAGCUGCCUGACUACUAUCUCGCCAUUAAGAAGCCUGUAGAUAUGGAGAAAAUCAAGAGCCACAUGUUGGCCAAUAAAUACCAAGAUGUGGAUGCACUGGUGGAAGAUUUGGUGCUCAUGUUCAAUAACGCUUGCACAUACAAUGAACCUGAGUCUCUGAUUUACCGUGAUGCACUCGUGCUGCACAGGGUGCUGUUAGAAACCAGACGUGACCUGGAGGGAGGAGAUGAUGCCAAUGUGCCCGACGUUCCACGACUCAUUCAAGAACUUAUCCGCAGCCUUUUUGUUUCAGUACUUGGCCAUCAAGAUGAUGAGGGCCGUUGCUACAGUGAUUCACUCGCUGAGAUUCCUGCUGCUGAUCCCACAAAUCCUGACAAGCCACGCCUAAAUUUUGAGAUCAUCAGGUCUAAUGUUGAUCAAGCGCGUUAUAAGAGGCUGGAUGUGUUUCAGGACCACAUGUUUGAAGUGUUGGAAAAGGCCAGAAGGUUGAAUAGGACUGACUCUGAGAUAUUUGAAGAUGCUGUGGAGCUGCAGCAGUUCUUCAUCAGAAUUAGAGAUGAGCUUUGUAAGAAUGGAGAGAUCUUGAUGUCUCCUGCUCUCAGCUAUACUUCCAAACACCUGCACAGUGAUGUGGAAAAGGAAAAGAAGGAGAAACUUCCUAAGGAAUUUGAAGAGGACAAACUCAAGAGAGAGGAAGAGAAACGGGAAGCUGAGAAGAGAGAGGAUUCUGUUGGAGGAUCGUGGCCAUCUAGUGUGCAGCGUACAUACAGUCAGGACUGCAGCUUCAAGGACAGUAUGUACCAUGUGGGAGACUACGUAUAUGUGGAGCCUGCAGAGCCGAACCUUCAGCCUCACAUCAUCUACAUUGAACGCCUUUGGCAAGAUGACACUGGUGAAAAGUGGCUGUAUGGCUGCUGGUUCUACAGACCAAAUGAAACAUUUCAUCUUGCCACACGAAAGUUCUUAGAAAAGGAAGUUUUUAAGAGUGACUAUUACAACAAGGCUCCUGUCAGCAAGAUUCUGGGCAAAUGUGUGGUCAUGUUUGUGAAGGACUACUUCAAACUUCACCCAGAAGGCUUUAGGGCAGAGGAUGUAUAUGUCUGUGAAUCACGCUACUCUGCUAAGUCCAAAUCUUUCAAGAAAAUCAAGAUGUGGACUAUGCCACUGAGCUCUGUGCGGCUUUUACCUCGAGAGGUUGCCUUACCUGUAGUCCGUGUGGCAUCCAUGUUUGCCCUUAAGCAAGAGGAAAAGCCACCGGAGAUUACACAGCCCGAGAAUGAAAGUAAAGUGACAGAUGCCGUUGCAGACAAGGAGAGGGAAGAUGCUCCAAUGGAUAUGAGCAAUGGGGAGCCAGGAUGUCAGUACUAUGAGCAACUCUGCUACAACAACAUGUGGCUCAAAGUGGGAGACUGUGUUUACAUUGGUUCUCAUGGACUAGUACGCCACCGAGUGGGCAGAAUUGAAAAAAUGUGGAUGCGAGAUGGAGCAGGUUACUUCUUUGGUCCAAUCUUCAUCCACCCUGAGGAAACAGAGCAUGAGCCCACAAAGAUGUUCUACAAAAAGGAAGUGUUCCUCAGUAACCUGGAGGAGACUUGUCCCAUGACCUGCAUCAUAGGGAAGUGUAUAGUGUCAUCCUUUAAAGACUAUCUAUCAUGCCGACCGACUGAGGUUCCUGAAGAAAAUGUCCUGCUCUGUGAGAGUCGAUACAUUGAGAGUGAGAAGCAGAUGAAAAAGUUCAAAGGUCUUAAGCGCUUCUCACUUUCUGGGAAAGUGAUUGAGGAUGAAAUCUACUAUUUUAGGAAACUCAUUGUGCCCCAGAAGGAGCCAUCACCACUGCUAGACAGAAAAAUCGAGGAACUGGAGGCUAAGUUUGCUGACAUGACAGAUGAGGAACUAGAGGAUCUUGGAGAGGAUGAUGGAGAGCUAGGCGACCAGUCUCUUCCUCAGAUACAGUCUUCCAUGUCUAGUGACAUGGAUAUCAUGCCUUACACGCCUCCACAGUCCACACCGAAAUCCAUAAAGGGCCUUUCAAAGAAGGAGGGUUCAAAACGCAAAAUCAACAUGAGUGGAUACAUCCUGUUCAGCAGUGAGAUGCGGGCAGUCAUCAAAGCCCAACAUCCAGACUUCUCUUUUGGGGAGUUGAGUCGGCUCGUUGGCACAGAGUGGAGAAACCUGGAGAGCACCCGAAAAGCAGAGUAUGAAGAGCGAGCAGCUAAAGUGGCUGAGCAGCAGGAGCGUGAGAGGAUCCAUCAUCAGACUUCCCCUAGAGCAGGUACCCCAGUAGGGGCACUGAUGGGGGUGGUGCCUCCCCCAACCCCCAUGGGGAUGCUAAAUCCCAGCAUGACGCCUGUGUCAGAAGGUAUGAUGGGUGCAUAUUGGUCAGCUAUGAUGCCCCUGCAGGGCCAUGUUGAAGGCAUGGUUAGUAUGACUGGCAUACCACCACAUCACAUGGGGGUGCCUGUCUUUCCCCAACAUCUCCUGCCCGUUAUGCCUGGGUUUCCUGGAAUGCCACACUUUGGCAUCAAUGGCAUGGGUGGUGGACCUGGAGGGGGAAACAUCCAUGGAUCCCAGGUGGGUUUGAUGGGCCCAGGACAUCAGGCUCCACCACCAUACCCAGGACAGGGCCAUUUGGGACAACCUGCCCUCCAGCAGCCCUCCACCCCUCUGUUUGUUUCCCCACCAGCCAAGUCUCAGCGGCUGCUCCACUCUGAGGCCUACCUCAGAUACAUUGAGGGUCUUACUGCAGAAUCCUCAACUAUUAGCAAGUGGGACCAAGCUCUCUCAGUUCAGAAACAAGAUGUGCGUCUGACAAAAGAGCAGGAAAGCAGACUGCCAUCCCACUGGCUGAAGAGUAAGGGGGCCCACAAGACAAUGGCAGAUGCACUUUGGCGGCUUCGUGACCUAAUGCUGCGGGACACCCUGAACAUUCGUCAGAUGCACAACCUGUAGCAUGCUCCUAAUCUGAGCCUCUGUUCUCUACCCUGUAAGACAGGAUGAGGAUACAGCUCACUAAAAGUGUUUACUUUGUGUUGUCAUGAAAAUGUGUUUGUAUUAAUAGCAGCUGUAUUUUGUGUUCAAAACAUUUUUUAUUUCAGAUAUACUGUACUAAGUGCUUUAUUGUUCUGAUUGUCAUUCUGAGCUGAAUGCCUACAUUGCUUUCAAGAUUAAAAUGUGAACAGUUGAAUGUG